AUGAAGAAGAACCAAGAAGCCGCGCGCAAGAAGGCCGAGGACGCGAAGGCCAAGUCCAAGGCGCUCGCGGAGAAGAGCAAGGCGGCGGCGGCGAAGGCGGCUGAAGCGAAGAAGGCGGCGGCGGUGAAGGCCGAGGCGAAGCGCAAGGAGAUGGCGAAGAAGACCGCGGCGUUGAACAAGACGGUGGGCGGCACGAGCCGCUUCGCGAAGUCUAUGUCCAAGGGCCCUGUUAAGAUGAAGGAUCCGCUCGAGGGCAAGAAAUUCAACCCGUUCUCCUUGUUCGGGAAGAAGGAUUAA